AUGAAAUUCUUAAUGAGAGGUUUUUAUUUAGCAUCAUUAUGGGAUCCAGCCGUUGAAGCAACCAUUUUCUUUUUCCUGUUUACUUUGAAAGAAGUAGUUAUUUUAUUUACGGCGUGGUUUAUCAUCGAGGUAAAAAAUAUUGAAUUUGAUCCACUGCUGGGAUUUGUCUGUUCAACGAAUAAAACCUGUUUCGUAGACGGGAUUCACUGUCUUCCCUUGGAGGGGAAAAUAGCUUUAAACUCAGUUUUUCAAGAAUUUGAUAUAUCUUGGAAAGUAGAACUCAGUGAAGGACCGAAUUUCCUAGAUGACAUCAAACGAACCAAACGAUCUUCGAUUGUAUAUUGUCCAGUGUUAGCAGUUCCAUGGUUUGGGGUAGGUGGAGCAAAGUGUGAUAUCAGUGGUGCUUUGAAAGAAGCGUUUCAUCAAAAGAUAUCUAGCCUUAGCACUGCAUUUGGUUGUAUAGCCAACAUGUUCAACAACUCCAUAAAAGUAAUGGAGGAUGGUAGCAUGGUGCACAACUCUACAAUAAUUGGAGACAAUAUUAUUUUCAGAAUGAUGGAUCUUCAGCAGUAG